GCAGAGGCGUGGUUGGGGAUCUGGCGAGAUGCAAGAUCUCAGCAUGACAGACAGCCCAAGGCUCAUGCACCCAGGUCGGUCCUUGCGGAUCCCCCUGCUGUCAGAGAGAUGCUCAAGCAGGAGAUACGUCUGCUUCUGCUUAACAUCCAAGAGAAGGCGUCUGAACAGGGGAGGGAUGGAAACAAAGCCCUGUUGCGCUACAGCCCUGACGUCGUGAGCUACAUACUGGGCACCAGCACUUCAAGCCAUGAGCUGCAGGGACCGAGGAGUGCAAGGAGUCAUGAUGGCAGACAGCAACUACCCAGCAGGCCCCAGAGUGCCAACAGCAGUGAGGAAGUGCGGUCCUUUUCCAGACUCUCAUCAACCCCCAGCUAUUUGGAUGACAUUGAAGCCAUUAAGGACAAGUUAAACAUUAUCCAUAUUGAUGAGGUUGUGGCACAUCUGCA